AUGCAGCGAGAAGUUCGCGAGCAGGACAGCGGCGUGUCGGCGUCUGGCAGGGACUUCCAUAUGUGGCACGACUACCUGGACCUGCGAGCGAGAUUGUCGCAGAUACUGGAGCAGAAAAACGUCCCCUAUGCGCAAGAACGAGUGUCUGCUGACGACGUGUGGUUGGGACAUCCCGGUCCAAACCAGCGCUCAUCACCUUCCGACACCCACAUCGAUAGCUCAGUCAGCAGCUGCUGCGGGAGCAGCCAGUCGCUCAGCCGCGAGGCGUCCCGUCCCGCGAGCCCCCGUGACGUCUGUGGAUUUUGCAAACGGAACGGAGAGAGCGCGGAGAUCUACACGAGCCACAAGCUGAAGUCAAGAGACGGGAGGAUCCUCUGUCCCGUGCUGCGGGACUACGUUUGUCCCUUCUGCAAAGCGACCGGGGACAAGGCGCACACUCGCCAGUACUGCCCGAGACGGAACGGAUUACCUACCGGGUGUGACGUGUUCAAGCGCUCGGUAGUUCUUAAGGUCAACCUGGACUCGGGCGGCCACUACUAGAGGGGCACGGCGACUCCCCGCAGACUGUAAUUAGUUUCACAUUACAAAUGUUUCGUUUAUGUUUAAUGUUUUCUAUGUGUAUGUUAAGUCUAGUAACUUUUCUUUUAGAUGAUUAGUGUGUGAUGAUGAUGAUGAUUAUUCUUGUCAUCAUCAUCAUCAUCAUCAUCAUCAUCAUCAUCAUUAUUAUUAUUAUUAUUGUGCGUCUUUAUGAUAUCUUAUGUUCUUAGUUUUCCCUCCAUUUCUCCCCUAGUCAGUCAUUUCUUUUGCCGUUGUUCUGUUUUGCUGUUGUUAAACAGUGCUUUCGUUUUUCACUGAAAAUAGUAUUCAUAGAUCUGCUUCUACGCCGCAGCUACAGUGUUCUAUAUGAAUCUAGAUGUUUCUG